UAGUGAGCCGCUUCCGCUCUCAUGACAGUAGAGCUGCCGCAGCGUAGCCAUGGGUUCUUCCCGUCUGCUGUGCGGUCUCCUCUUCUGCUUAGUAGCUGUCCACAGCGCGGCUUCCACCCAAUAUGCCCCCGACUGGGACUCGCUGGAUAAGCGCCCCCUGCCGCCAUGGUACGACGAGGCCAAGUUCGGGAUCUUCCUGCACUGGGGAGUGUUCUCGGUGCCGUCGUUCGGCAGUGAGUGGUUCUGGUGGAACUGGCAGCAGGAGAAGAGCGCUGCCUAUGUGAAGUUCAUGGACCAGAACUACCCGCCCGGCUUCACGUAUGCCGACUUCGCCCAGCAGUUCACGGCAGAGUUCUUUGACCCGGACGCGUGGACCGAGCUGUUUGAGGCGGCUGGGGCUCGAUAUGUUGUCCUAACUACAAAACACCAUGAAGGCUUCACUAACUGGGGUUCUCCUGUAUCCUGGAACUGGAACGCUGUGGACACUGGACCUCAUCGGGACCUUGUAGGAGAUCUUGGAAAUGCACUGAAAAAAAGAAAGCUGCGCUAUGGAUUAUAUCAUUCGUUACUGGAUUGGUUUCACCCGCUUUAUCUAAUUGACAAGAAAAAUGGCUUCAAAACGCAGUAUUUUGUGCUUGCAAAGUCAAUGCCAGAACUCUACGAUCUGGUGAUGAGGUAUGAGCCAGAUUUGCUUUGGUCUGAUGGGGACUGGGAAUCGCCAGAUACUUACUGGAACUCCACUGGUUUUCUGGCCUGGUUGUAUAAUGACAGCCCUAUCAAGGACAAAGUUGUGGUCAAUGAUCGUUGGGGAAGUGGCUGUUCUUGCCAUCAUGGAGGAUUCUAUAACUGUGCUGAUAAAUACACUCCAUCCACCCUACCAGACCACAAGUGGGAGAAAUGUACUUCUGUUGAUCACUACUCUUGGGGCUAUAGACGUAACAUGCAAGUGAAUCAGCUUAUGGAUGAAGGAAGCAUCAUUGCGGAAUUGGUGCAAACUGUGAGCUAUGGAGGAAACUAUCUUUUGAAUGUGGGGCCCAGCAAGGAGGGUCUGAUUAUGCCAAUUUUCCAAGAGAGACUUCGAAAUGUUGGGAAAUGGCUGAGCAUUAAUGGAGAGGCAAUUUAUGCCACUAAGCCUUGGAGAGUGCAGUCGGAAAACGCUACAGUCAGUAUCUGGUACACUGCUAAGGAUACAGCAGUAUAUGCCACUUUCUUAAAAUGGCCUGUAGAGAAUGUUGUAAAGCUACAGUCUCCCAAACCCAAUCCAAGUACUAAUGUGACAUUGUUGGGUCUUACUGGGACAUUGACCUGGAAACAAUAUCCAGAAGGUGGUCUUCUUGUGAACCUACCAGCCAUCGCUCCUGGAGUUUUCCCUGUGGAAUAUGGCUGGACUCUGAAACUAGACGGUGUAAACUAAAGACCUGUCAAGAACAUAAAUCUAUUUUCAGUUCAGUUCAUACAUUCAUGUUAGAGAGAGAUGUGAUAAACUCUUCCAGGGUGACUAUCCUACUGGAUGUGCUGAUCUGAGACUGCUGUGGUUAAUGGGAUUCCAGGGUUGGCACUUUACUGUUCUAUGUGUUUUAAAUUUGGUGUUGUCAGAUUCAGGGGUUCUCUUAUCUGUCAGGUGAUUAAGUCUAAAAGGUUUUCAGACCUUGCACAGGUUCAUAUGGUACAUUCUAAGCUGGAUCUAGUGUUGGCCAGUCUAUGUGGGAGAGAAGCACCCAUGUAUUACAUCUUCUUCCUGCCUUAGGUUCAUAUGUGCAUUCCAAUUUCUGUCCAUUUUCCAUUAUAGGGUCCUAGAUCCAUAACAUGAUGACCGGCAGCACCCAGUGGACCCCAUUUACAACACUAUGUUCCAAAUUAUUAUGCAAGUUAAAUGUUUAUAGGAUUUCAAUAAAAUGGCCAGAGGAACAGUCUGUCGGAUACUGCCAUUCACCGCCCAGAACCCAUUGACUGUGAAAUCUGGCAGACUGUUUCUCUGACCGAACAACCUGCUAGAUUGAAAAAUGUAGAUGUUAAACUAGCCUAAAAGUUGUUUAAAGGGGCUCCAGGCUUUUAAUAUCCUCAGGAUAGGUCAUCAAACCCAGACUAGUGGGGUCCGCCGCCCCUGCUGAUCAGCUGUAUGAAGGGAAGGUGCGCACAGUGUGCAAAUGCAGUCUCUCUUCCCGCUCGGUGCUGCUUUGCCAUGGACAUAGCAGCAGCAGGAAGGGAGAUGGCACGUGCACACUACCCGCCCUGUCUCCUCAUACAGCUGGUCCGGUGCCCCACUGAUCUGAUCCUGAGGAUAGGUGAUCAAUAUUAAAAGCCUUUAAGUCAUCCCAAAAAAGCUCAUAUAUAUCAAAAUGUAACUUGAUCUUACUGGGCAUUCUAGUUGUUUCAAGGUAUCCCCUAUUUUUAUUUUAUUUUUGUAGUAAAAUUUUCUGUGUAUGCAGCAAAUAUUUCUGUUGGAAGAGAUAUAUGAAUUAUGAACCGAGCUGAAUUCUGCAGAAUAAUUCUGAACAGAUUUUGGGUUUUUAAAAUAUAAAUAAAGCUAUUGCCAUGAUCUGUGCCUCCACUUGUUCUAACCUUCACAUUGUAAAAUAGAGGGUAAAAUAAAUUCCUUGACUGUAUAGGAAAAAACAAAAAUGGUGUGUGCCUAAUAAUUUGGAACAUGGUGUGUAAUAGGUUCUGCUGGGUUUCAGUCAUGGAGUCCAUUGUUUUACCAGAAAAUAUAGCAAAGCAUGCUGCAUUAUACUUUCUGGUAAAUAUGACAAUCUGCAAUGAAGACUCCUAACACAUCUGAGGCAUUUGUGAACCUAGCCUAAUCUGGUUCAGGCUGUGUACUGCGCUCAUGACUGAAUUUCAGACCGAAUGUGAAUUGCACUAAAUGAGCAGUAUGGAUCUACUAUCAUUCAGUAGACCUAUUGUUAAUGCACUUAUUCUACAAAGUACUCUUGUCUGCCGACAUUAAGUUUACAGUGCCUUGUAAUAACUGUAACAGUAUGUUGCAGUUGAAAUGUUAUCGUUGAUGGGCUAAGGGUCUGUGAUUUGACUACGCUCCAUACUUGCUAAGCAGGCACCCAGGUUAUAUGCCUGAACACACUAGAUUGUGUAAUGUCUGCAGUGUGUUAGUAUCGUCAGGUUGCACACUCCUAAGGCUGCAUCUGCACAGCCCUAUAUACAGUGUAAGGUCCUACUUUGUGUCAUACACAGGACCAGAUCUCAAAAACAGGAAAGGCUUGCUGGCUUCCCUCUAAUAGGACCCAGUGGAGUUUUAUGGGGGCAAACUAGGUUCCUGUGAAUGCAGUUAUUCACAUGUCAGCAUUUGGUCUGUGAUUGUGAGCCAAAACUAGGUAACUAGGUGUCGGUCAGAAACACAGAACAGGUGCAGAUCUUUCCCUUAUACCUUCUCUGAAGAGGCGUCUGGUUUUGGCUCACAAUCACUGAUGGAAAUCACUGACUGUAUGAGUAAGGCCUUAGUGUGAUUGGUGAAUGUGCAUUACCUUCUGUAGAAUAAAGCCUCAGUCACACGUCCAGUGUUUUGGUCAGUGAUUUCCAUCAGUCAUUGUGAGCCAAAACCAGGAUUGGAGCCUCCAGACAUAAGGUUAGAAGGGAAAGAUCUGCACCUGCUCUGUUUUGGAGCCGCACCUGGUUUUGGCUCACAAUCACUGACGUGUGAAUGAGGCUUAAGGGUGGGGAAAAAUGAGUAACUAUUGUAUUUCUUGAUCUAAUUUGAAUUGGUUUAUGUAUAAUUUUUGUAAUCAGAUUUGCAGAUAUUGUUAUAAUAUCGUUUUUGUAGCUUUUCAAUUUUAUUAAAUGAUUAUUUACCCA